AUGUCUUCAUCGGGCAAUCACCAAAGUGAUGGAGGAGACGAGAGCAAACAGAGUGUCAUCAAGAUUGAUCCUGAUGGCGACCUUACUCUUGUCGUUGGCAAGACUAAAACUCGUUUCCUCGUUUGCUCCAAAACACUGUCACGUUCUGCUCCUUUUUGGAAGCGCUGCCUUUAUGGCCAAUUCAAAGAGGGAAAACCCGCGGCUGAAGAGGACUGGGUUGUCGAGUUCCCGGAGGACAACCCUUCCGGUUUGAAGUGUCUGCUGCUUUUGGUCCAUGGAUUGGGCCACAAGAUGCCAAAGAUCAAUUUGCAGCUCGCAUUUGAAAUCACCGUUCUCACCAACAAAUACGGCAUGACAAGAACUUUGUGGGCGGUCGCGGGAUCAUGGCUUGGAGAUCUCGAGCCAACCAGACCGGACGAGGGCGGCGACGACACCAUUGUCCCCCAGCUGAAGUGGCUUUGGGUAACGAAAGAACUUGGUGAUUCUUAUCAACACAAAGAGACUUUCGCUGAGCUCUCUCAGGUGGUUUCCACGGCUGCUGGUGGCGAUGCCCAUCUUCUCCUCCAGCCGUACGAAAUGGGUGAUGCCGAUUUGCUCACAAAAGGUACAAUGGAAGGAUACGAUGCCGAGAAAGACGUCCUCCUCCUGCUUGCAGGCGAGAUUAAGGUUGCGCGUGAGACUGCGCUGUCCGAGAUUCAAGUUGUUCUGAAGAAGGACAUCAAGAGGUUGCGAGAUGCCAUCAGAGGCUUCGAUUCGUCCAAGGGCAGUGAGGGCGCUUACAUCUGCACCCAACGGAACUCAAGUCAACAGAGGCUUUGCGAAUACGCCAUGCAGGCCAUCGUCACCAAGAUUUCAGCUGGCAAGGAUUCCGCCGUGAAGCCCAUAGCCAAAAUCGACGAGUCUGUUGAAAACUACCUGACGAGUGCAGUUUGUUUCAAGUCUCGCAUCGAGAGAGAAAUCGCUUUUGUCUCUAGCGGGGCUCACGCGAAUUGCACGCCUUUCAGAUCCAGGUUGCCAUCUCUGGGCUUCCUGAAGACAAUGACGUUGAAAACAUGGCGCUUACUAAACGCUGAGGCAUUCGAAAGGCAGGCUCGGGUGUCUGGCCUCGAGAAAGAUAGUAGCGAGGACAACGACGAUGGCGAGGAUCAAAACGCCGCUGGUCUGCGGUCUGCCGCUCUCAAGCGCUCUCGCGACGAGUUCGAGGCUGCGGCAUCCGAUUAG